UUUCUUUUUUUAACACUUAAGCACCACGCUCCUGAACCACCACCGGCGUUAACACAAAACCCUUGAAACCCUCCUUCGUUCUCCUCUGAACCAAAUUAGGGCACUUUCCCGCCUUUCUACCUCGCCGGAAAACGCACCCUACGACCGCCGGAAUCGUCGAUGGUUUCCGCCAAGCAACUGCUCUCCACCAUCGAGUCCACGCUCUUAGGCUCCACUCCAUCGCCGUCGCAGCGGAUUGAGCUCAUUCACGCUAUUCGUCACUCUCUCCCCUCGCUCCGGUCUCUCCUGUCAUUUCCGCCUCCGAAGGCCUCUGACAGAGCACAAGUUGAGUCUAAAGAAGUCAGGCUUCCUGAUUCAGGGCUAAUCCCACUUGAUGAUCAGGAUGUUCAAAUUGCUCUCAAGCUGAGUGAUGAUCUUCAUCUCAAUGAAAUAGACUGUGUGAGACUGCUUGUUUCUGCUAAUCAAGAGUGGGGAUUACAAGGACGGGGUCCAUUGGAUAUUUUACGCCUUACAUCAGGGCUUUGGUAUACAGAGAGACGAGACUUAAUAACAGCACUUUAUACACUGUUACGGGCAAUUGUGCUUGAUCAGGGACUUGAGGCCGAUCUUCAAGCGGACAUUUUAAAAUAUGUUGAAGAUCUAAUCAAUUCCGGGCUUCGCCAAAGGCUAAUAUCUCUUAUAAAGGAACUCAAUCGAGAAGAACCAGCUGGUUUGGGUGGGCCCAACUCCGAGCGCUAUAUUCUUGACUCAAGAGGUGCUCUUGUGGAAAGACGGGCUGUUGUUUGUAGGGAAAGACUCAUUCUUAGUCACUGUCUUGUUCUAUCACUGCUGGUUGUACGUGCAAGCCCAAAAGAUGUAAAAGAUAUUUUUACAACUUUGAAAGAUAGUGCAGGGGACAUCAGUGGCAGUACCGACAUUGUAAAGAACCAGAUCACAUUUAGCCUUCUUUUCUCUCUUAUAAUUUCUUUGAUAUCAGAUGCUCUUAGUGCAUCACCAGACGAAAUGUCUAUCUUGUCACGUGAUGCUUCAUUCAGGCGUGAUUUCCAUGAAACUGUGAUGGCUAUUGGAAACGAUCAGAUAAUUGAGGGGUGUAUGCAUUGUGUUAGACUUGCAUGGGCCGUGCAUUUGAUGAUUUUACAAGAUGUAACUGAUGCAAGUGAGAUAAAUAACGAUGUGAGAAAUAUAAAUUCAUGCCUCGAAGUUGUUUUCUCAAAUAACGUUUUCCAGUUUCUGAUUGAUAAAGCUCUUCGAACGCCAGCCUACCAGAAUGAUGAUGAAGAUAUGAUCUACAUCUACAAUGCUUACUUACACAAGCUGGUAACAUCUUUUCUAUCUCAUCCACUUGCAAGAGACAAGGUGAAAGAAACAAAGGAGAAGGCCACACCUUCUCAGCAAAAUGCCGAAUCCGCCCCUCAAACUUUUGUCUCACUUAUGGAGUUUGUUAGUGAAAUAUAUGAGAAAGAACCUGAACUUUUAUCUGGCAAUGAUGUCCUAUGGACAUUCGUAACAUUUUCUGGAGAGGAUCACAAUAAUUUCCAGACACUUGUGGCGUUCUUGAAGAUGCUUAGUACACUGGCUUCGAGCGAAGAAGGUGCUUCCAAAGUAUAUGAGUUAUUGCAGGGCAGAACAUUUCGGUCUAUUUCAUGGAGCACUUUGUUUGAUUGUUUGUCUAUAUAUGAGGAGAAAUUCAAGCAAGCCCUUCAAAAUGCGGGCCUGAUAUUACCAGAGAUUCAAGAGGGUGACGCAAAAGCUCUUGUUGCGUAUCUAUGUGUUCUCCGCAAGGUGGUGGAAAAUGGGAACCCUAUUGAAAGAAAGACAUGGUUUCCUGACAUUGAACCGUUAUUUAAACUUCUUAGUUAUGAAAAUGUACCCCCUUAUCUGAAGGGUGCUUUACGCACUUCGAUAUCAACUUUCAUCGAUGUUUCCCCAAACUUGAAAGAUACCAUUUGGGGAUUCCUUGAGCAGUACGAUUUACCGGUAGUUGUUGGAUCUCAAGUUGGGCAAAUGAUGGGUACCCAGCAGGUUUAUGAUAUGAGAUUUGAGUUAAACGAAGUAGAAGCAAGAAGUGAACAUUAUCCCUCCACCAUCUCAUUCCUCAAUCUGUUAAAUGCUUUAAUUGCCGAUGAAAGGGACACAACUGAUAGGGGAAGAAGAUUUAUAGGUAUUUUUAGGUUCAUAUAUGAUCAUGUGUUUGGGCCUUUUUCCCAACGGGCUUAUGCUGAUCCAUCUGAGAAAUGGCAAUUGGGUGUUGCAUGUCUCCAACAUUUUAAAAUGAUAUUGAGUAUGUACGACAUAAAAGAUGAAGAUAUUGACAUUGUGGUCAAUCAGUCUCAGCUCAUCGCAUCACAGUCAACUCCACUCCAGACACAGCUUCCUGUCAUAGAAUUGCUCAAGGACUUCAUGAGUGGGAAGACUGUAUUUAGAAAUAUAAUGGGCAUUCUUUUGCCUGGCGUGGAUGCCAUAAUCGCUGACCGGACCAAUCAUACUUACGGUUUACUUCUUGAAAAAGCUGUGCUUUUAUCUUUGGAAAUCAUACUUUUGGUUUUGGAGAAGGAUUUAUCAGUUUCUGAAUUUUGGCGCCCCAUUUACCAGCCUUUUGAUGUUAUACUUUCCCAAGAUCAUAAUCAGAUUGUAGCAUUGUUGGAAUAUAUCAGAUAUGAUUUUCACCCACAAAUUCAACAAUGCUCGAUAAAGAUAAUGACCAUUCUAAGUUCUCGCAUGGUCGGGCUUGUACCAUUACUACUGAAAUCGAACUCAGCUGGUCUUUUGGUUGAAGAUUAUGCUUCUUGUCUUGAAAUAAGCUCAGAAGGGAGUCAAGUUAUAGAAAACAGUUCUGACGAUUCUGGUGUGCUUAUAAUGCAACUUCUCAUUGAUAACAUUAGUCGCCCAGCCCCCAACAUAACACACUUCCUUUUGAGGUUUGAUCUUGAUUCCCCUAUAGAGAGGACAGUGUUACAGCCAAAAUUUAACUACAGUUGUUUGAAGGUUAUUCUUGAUAUCCUGGAAACACUGCCAAAGCCUGAUGUUAAUUAUUUGCUUCACGAGUUUGGAUUUCAGCUGCUUUAUGAAUUAUGUUCAGAUCCGCUUACAAGUGGUCCUACAAUUGAUCUGCUUAGUACAAAAAAGUAUCAAUUUUUUGUCAAGCAUUUGGAUAACAUUGGCGUUGCACCACUACCAAAAAGAAAUAACACUCAGCCGCUUCGAAUCAGUUCUCUGCAUCAGAGGGCAUGGCUGUUGAAGCUUUUAGCACUUGAAUUACACAUAAGCAAUGUGACAUUAUCCAGUCAUCGAGAAGUGUGUCACAGCAUUAUUGGUCAUCUGUUUGGUCAAGGUGAAGCUGAAUAUUAUAAUGAAAAUAAUUUACUUUUACUUCAAAGUAGUCCUGAAGAUACUGCAAACAGAGCCAUCAGCAGGAGUAAGGUAUUAGAAUUGCUUGAGAUAAUCCAGUUUAGGUCCCCAGAUACAACAGUGAAGCAUUCCGAGAUUCUUUCUCACACAAAAAUUGGACGAAUGGCUGAUGAUAUACUUGAGAAUCCAACAACUAACGAAAAGGGAGGUGUUUAUUACUACUCAGAACGUGAUGAUCGGUUGAUUGAUCUAAAUUCAUUCCGAGACGCACUUUGGCAGAAGUGCAAUUUUGACAAUCCACAGUUGAGUUCCUUUGGUAGUGAAGUUGAACUAAAUGAAGUAAAGAAUACCGUUCAACAGUUACUUCGAUGGGCAUAUAAACACAACAAAAACCUUGAAGAACAGGCUGCUCAACUUCAUAUGUUAGCAGGAUGGUCACAAGUUGUUGAGAUUUCAGCUUCAAGAAGAUUAUCCUCCAUGGAAAAUCGAUCUGAAAUAUUGUUUCAGUUGCUUGAUGCUUCUUUAAAUGCUUCUAGUUCUCCAGACUGUUCGUUAAAGAUGGCACUAAUGUUAACACGGGUUUCAAUUACAUGCAUGGCGAAAUUACGUGAUGAGAGAUUUAUUAGCUCAAGUGCGCUAAACUCUGACACUGUAACAUGUCUUGAUGUUAUUAUGACAAAACGACUGUCGAAUGGUGCAUGUCACUCUAUCUUAUAUAAGAUCAUGAUGGCGAUCUUGAGAAAUGAUACAUCAGAAGCAUUAAGGAGACGCCAAUACACUUUACUUCUAAGCUACUUCCAGUACUGUCAGCACGUACUUGAUCCAGAUGUCCCUACUACUGUUCUUCAGUCUUUGUUAGUUGACGAGGAAGAAAAUGGAGAUUUGGAUCUUGAGAAGAUUGAUCACGAUCAGGCUGAGCUGGCACGUGCAAACUUAUCGAUAAUAAGAAAAGAAGCUCAAUCGGUUUUAGAUUUGGUCAUUAAAGAUGCCACUCAAGCUAGUGAAUCUGGAAAGAUAAUGGCACUCUUUGUUCUGGAUGCAUUGAUUUGUAUCGAUCACGAGAAGUUUUUCUUAAGUCAACUUCAAAGUAGAGGCUUUCUGAGGUCUUGCCUCAUGAGUAUUAGCAAUGUUUCAUAUCAGGAUAGCAUGCAUUCAAUUGAUCCAUUACAGCGGUUGUGCGCUCUUGAGGCACAACUUGCUCUAUUACUUAGAAUCAGCCACAAGUAUGGUAAAUCAGGGGCUCAGAUUCUUUUCUCCAUGGGUGCAUUUGAGCAUAUUUCUUCAUGCAUGACACAAAACAUGCAAGUCAAGGGAAACAUAAGGCGUUUUGACACUAGUUUUGGGAAAGAUUCAUUUGCUGAUGUUCAUAGACAAAGAAUGGUGGUUUCUCCAUCACUUCGUUUGGUGUUCUCUUUGACCUCAUUGGUUGAAACUUCUGAAUUUUUUGAGGUAAAGAAUAAAAUAGUUCGUGAAGUAGUUGACUUUGUCAAAGGUCAUCAACUACUUUUUGAUCAAGUACUUCGCCAAGAUAUCGCUGAUGCUGAUGAACUCGCAAUGGAACAAAUGAACAUUGUUGUUGGAAUUCUUAGCAAGGUUUGGCCAUAUGAGGAAGGAGCUGAGUACGGUUUUGUUCAAGGACUUUUCGGAUUGAUGCACACUCUCUUCUCACGCGACUCUACGUUUCUCUCUUCAGCUCAGUCAAAACAGAAGAAACCUGAAUCAAGCGCGUUUCGUCUAUGUUUCAGCCUAAGCUCUUAUCUCUACUUUCUCGUGAAAAACAAAUCAUUGAGACUUCAGGUUUCCAACAAUUCUACCGACUAUAGUGCGCCAGCUGGACAACAGCAGCCAACAUUAAGCUUACUUGGGUUUCUUCUGAACUCGGUGACCACCGCUCUUGAAAAUGCUGCCGAGGAAAAAUCCUUAUUGCUUAAUAAGAUUCAAGACAUAAAUGAACUACCGAGACAAGAGGUAGAUGAAAUUAUUAAAAUGUGUGUUUCUGAAGAUCAAGCAGCAUCAUCGGACAAUAUUCAGAAAAGGAGGUACAUAGCGAUGGUGGAAAUGUGUCGGGUGGCGGGAAACAGGGAUCGGCUUAUAACUCUAUUGCUUCUGCUCGCAGAGAACUUGCUCAACGUUUUUCUCAUCCAUUUUCAGAACAGUCAAACUGGAGAAGACCUAGAUUCAUUUUGUUCAAAGCUCCUUCCAAUUUUGGAAAGACUUGAAUUGCUAAGAGAGGAUAAAGUGGGACAUAACCUCAAGGUGUUCCAGAGAUUAGCGACUUCUAUUAAGGAACUCACAAUACAAAAGUUAGCCGUGUGAGAGUUUUCUCAAACCCAUUUUGUUUUAAGCUUUUGCGAGUGUCGAGCCGGCUUGAUUGGUUGAAGUGUAGUAUAAUGUAUUAUAUAUUUAUUUUUUGCACUUGAAUUUGAGAUGAAGAAAACAUAUGACCACCUCAACAAUGUAACCAAACUAGCUAAACUUAAUCAAUUGCAAUUUACUGUUAAGCUUUUUUAA